UUCCAACAUAAAUUAUGGAUAAAUUUUAAGUACGAUGUACGAUCCGGCUUUAGUGGAAGAGAAGCCAAAGCUGCAUGAAUGGAACAUACUGCCUCCAAGAGUUAAAACUGUUGAAUGUGACUUAAAAGUAGAUAGAUACAUCCGUAAACAUCAAACAAAAAAAGGACCCUCGACAAUAACAUGGACCGUUAGUGAUAUAGCUAAAGCUGGUUGCUUAUUAAGUCAACCUCCACUUCAAACAGAUUUUGAAGAUGAGCAGGAAAUGAGAAGAGUAUACACUUUAAUAUAUGAUGUUUUCAGAUAUAAAAAUGUUUUAACUCAAGCUCUAAAUGAUGUCCGCUUCUUCGAAACGUUUCCAAAUUUAUCCGAAAGUAUACCGAUAGUUUGGCUUCUGAUGUAUGACUUGUACCACAGAUCAUUCAAUAAACGGGAAACAACGAUAGCUGCUUUAGCUCGGGAACUGUUUGAUGCAUAUGGUUUAACUUUUGCUGAAAAUGCACUUUGGACCCAGAAAAUAAAAUUGGCAGCAGCUGUUGCACGGUUGAGAAUCAAGAACAACGCAUUAUCUCUCAGUGAGUUAUUACCUCUACAUCUGAGAGAUGAAAAAGUGACGGAGCAAGCCCAGCAUAAUCCUGUAACCUGUUGGAUAAAUAUCUGCAAAAUAAAAGACAACCAAUCGUUGUGCGACGAUAUCGAAAAAACUUUUUCUUUAAAAAUGGUUUCUGACGUCACAAGAUUAGAUAAACAUACUUUUAAAUGGGACAGGCACUGCCCACAAAUUAUAGUCUUUCAUGCUUCUAUGAGAACUCAGUUAGCUAAAAGUCACUUUGUCAAGAAUCACAUGUUUGUUGUUCAGGAUAAAUCUUUUUGUUUGGGUCCAGCCACUUUUAAGAAAUUAGUAAGCGAUCUAGAACUUACAGGAAGUGUUAUACAAACGCAUAUUAAUUCACCUCGGACUACAGCGUACUUGGCCACUUUAUUAGCGCAAAAUGAAAAGAUUAAAAAACUUCUAGCAUUUAGUGCAGGCAAAAGGAAAGACGAGUAUGAAUCUUAUUUUAACGAAUUAGGAAUGUCAAAUAUUAGGUUAUUUUCUGAUAGACUGAUUGAUACACCCGCUGAUGCCAAUUAUAUGGAAGAAGUAGUUGCUGUUUUCGCCACACCACCAAACAGUUACUCUGCUGUUUUAGAUCCGAUAGAUUUGGUGUGUAGCCGGGGUGGAGACCUUUCCAUGCUAGAGAUAUUAACUGAAACAGGAGAUAGUAAGGAAGCUAAAGAGAGAGUAUCAAGUAUUCUCGAAGAACAGCAAAAAACUUUACGAUUUGCUAUGUCAAGACCGCAAAUACAAUUUGUCCUCUAUGAAACUCAUUCCGAAUUGGAGGCAGAAAAUACGCAAAUGGUCGACAAAACUUUAACAGAAAUUAACAAGAUAGCAAAAAUGCAGCAUGCUCUGCUACAAGGUCAACAAACCAAGAAUGUUUCGCCUCCUUCAGACGACAAAGAGAUGAAAGAAAUUAAUAAUAAUGAAAACCUACAGAAACCACCAGAGGAUCAGGGUGAUCUUACUAGCAAAACCCCAACAGAUAUCGUUUUACCAGAGGGUGCAACACCUGAAUCAUGUGAAAGUCUUUUGGAAAAAGUAACAGUACCUGAUACGGAUAUAUUUAAUAAUUGCAAUUUACCAAUGCUAUGUCCAAGCGAAAGCUGUAAAGGUUUUCAAAAAGAAGUUUGCGGAUGUUAUUUAGCGCUUCUUCAAAGAAAGGAAAUAAUCCGUUUGGAUGAUAAAUAUAUGAUUCAAAUGGCUGAAAAUAGAGGACUCUUUGGGAAUAGUAACACUCGUGCAGUUAAAACAAAAUCUGUAAGAACUAUCAGACGAAAAGCUGAAAAACCUGAAAAAACAGAAGUUGCGAAGAAAAAACUCAAGGAUUCCGAGGGAGAAGAUUUAUUGAAUAAGCAUUGUUUGUAUAAAACUAAGUUAGAUGCGUUUGAUAUGGGAUGCAAACCAACAAAUUUUGUAAAUAUGGAUGCAGAUGAAUCGAUUAUAUUAGCCUUUGAGAAGGUAUUUAGUGAAGAUGUAUCUAUGAUCGACAGACCUGAAUUGUUAGGAAAGUUACUGGCAAAAAUGAAUAGUGCCCAAAUUCGGCAAUUCGUUUGCCCAUUUAAUAAACAAUUUGAUAUUUUUUCCAAAAUGCCUUCAGUGUUACCUCAUAGUAGGCCCAGCAGCAGAAAAGAGUCUUCUAGAAUUCAAAACGCAAAUAUAAACUCGUUAAAAAACAAAAGCAGAUGCAGACGACCAGUAUCUCAAAUGGAAAAUCGGCGAAAUAAUUUGUGUAAAAUUGAAAACGGUCACACUGGUCUUUUAGACCUCAGAUUUAGACGUCCAGUAUCUCAAAUGGAAAAUCGACGAAAUAAUUUAUAUAAAGAUGAAAAAGGUCAUAAUUGUCAUAUCGAUUUCAAAUGUAAACUUCCAGUAUCUCAAAUGGAAAGCCGACGAAAUAAUUUAUUUAAUAAUGGAAAUUGUCAUGCCUGUCACUUGGAGCUCAAAUGCAGACGUCCAGUAUCUAAAAUGGAAAAUAGAGUAAAUAGUUUAUUUAAAAAUGAAGAUAAAGAAAAGUAUAAAAACCAACUAGCCUCUUCAAAAAGUACGGGUGAUUUAAGAAGAAAAUAAUAAUUACUUUUGGUGUCCAAAUUACCAUCCAUUACAGAAUAAUUUAAUAGAAACAGUUCAAGAAGAUCUUAAAAAGUGUAAACCAAGAAAACAGAAUAAACUACUUUUAGAG